AUGAACCUUAUGUCUUCUUCACUCGCUCACCACCGUCUCGCUUCCGCCGCCAACAAACUCGCAUCCCGCCACCACCGCGACACACAUCUCCAAUCUCUCUGCGCCGACGUCAGUCGCACCCUAAGCGAAACCGGAGCACUCCUCGUAAAAGAUCCCCGAUGCACCGUGGAAGACAACGACCACUUCAUCGACAUGAUGGAGAAGUACUUCUCCUCUCCACACGAGUUCAAGAUCCGUCAAGAAAGACCUCACCUGCAUUACCAGGUUGGAGUUACGCCGGAAAAGGUGGAGGUUCCGAGGUGUUUGGUGGAUGAAGAAAUGCAGAAGAAAGUGAAGGAAAUGCCGCGGGAACAUCAGCCUCAUACUCCGGUUGGUGCUGAUCUCAAGUGGAGAUAUUUCUGGAGAAUCGGUCCCCGGCCUUCUCUUACACGAUUUCAGGAACUUAAUGCAGAGCCAGUAAUUCCUAAAGGUUUUCCGGAAUGGAAAGAAGCUAUGGAUUCCAGCCAAGUUGCUCUGGUGGCGCUUCUUCUCAGAUCGGAGGGGUUUGAGCAUUAUCGAUGUGAUAGGAACCUCUCCAUGGGGAUGAAUCUCAACAACAUGGCUAAGAUGCUGAAGUGCGCUGGGAAUGAUGAUAUCAUUACCAUCAAGGCUGAUGAUGGCAGUGACACCGUCACCUUCAUGUUUGAAAGCCCUACCCAAGAUAAGAUUUAUGAUUUUGAGAUGAAUCUGUUGGGCUUUAGUUUCAGUAGCCCAUACGAAUUUCUUACUAUACCCCUUAUACUCUGCUUGCACCCCUUUGUUAAAAAUUUGUUUUUUUAG